AUGAGUCAAUUGGCAGGAAACUUAAGUCCCAGCUGCCUCCAUGCAGGCGCUGGAAGCACGAUUGGUUUUGACCUACAUCCACUGCCGGAUGGGCUUGAGCCGCCUACUUCAAUCGAGCUAGCCCUAACUGGAAUCCUUCUCUACUUGGAGAAAUAUCUCCAGGUGCUGAACAAUAAUGGGAGCAUUUCCGUCAACCGCGGCGACAGUCCAUUUAGCACGCAUCUUUGCGAGCAGCUAAAACGGCUUUUCACGAUCCCCAAACCACAAGUGAUUGAAGGCACACUUAUCAGUUGGGUCCGUGUUGUCCUCUCCGCUGGGCCCUCACCUGGUCACUUGGAUCAGAUAACACCUUUGAAAGUUGGCGAAAGUACAAUUCAACUCUCGGAAGAAGAUCACAAACUCCUUGCCUCUGGAAGGCCAUGGCAGUUUCUCAACCCAUGGCCAGAUAAGCGAGAUUACGAAAGGGAAUUGGCACUAGUGAACGAAGAUAUGGAUGGCCUCCGCAAGAUGAAAUACAUGCUUCGUAAAGCCGCCAAAUUGGUGGAUGAUGUGGAACUGCAGCUCUCUUUCCGCCUGAACCUCCUCUCUGAUCGCCACCUUGAGCAAACCCGCCCUACCGCUUUCGAAUCUGAGGACUACUCAUAUGAUAUCUCCGCUCGUGAGCAUAUCUCACCAAGUGCAGCAGAGAACUCCAUGAGGAUUGACAGUCGCAUAGACGACGCGUCGCACCAAAAAUUUAAUGGGGUACCUGCCACAGAACCUUCUGACAGCAAACCUUCCAUAUUUCGAAAUUCCUCACCCGCGGACAGGACUGGACAAUCAAACCCGAUAGCGGAAAAGGGAUACGUUGAUGUGACUCGACUGCCAACAUGCGAAGCCACUGGUUCUGAGGAACGCAUUUUCACAUCUCGAGCCACCGAAGACACCAUCCAGCGUACUCCACAAGACAACUCAACUAGCCCACCUGCAACGGUUCCCCCAUUCAUUGAGAAACUGGUCGAUGCUCUGGAAGACCCCGGGAACUCAGAACUAAUCGGGUGGUCUGAAGACGGUAGCUCGUUCAUCAUCCACAAUUGGAAAGACUUCGAGAAGAAGGUGCUGCCAAGUAUCUGCUUACACAAAACGUAUCAAAAUUUCAUAUGUCUUCUCCGGCAAUAUGAUUUCCAGCUCAAACGACCGUCGCCAAAGACAGCGUGGAGUGAAACAGGGGUUAGAGAAUACUUCAACCGCCACUUUCGGCGUGGUGACAAAGAUAGCCUACCGCUCAUCCAGGCGCAACGGAAGAGGAGUCGCGAGCCACGCGCUUGGACAGAGGACUCAGCCACUCCAUCACCUUCAGUGACAGCGACCAGCUUACCAGUUGAAAGCAAUGAAGGAGACGUCUUUCGGGGUGACACAAGAGCUAAGACAGGCGGUCCGCGCGUCAAGUUCUUCAAGACGCGGCGGUCCGAUUCUUCUGCCGUGAGCAAGAGACAGAAGAUUUAG